AUGAAGUCCUGCAGGUUGUGGUGCUCCAAGCCAGAGUCCUUCCACUCCCCGAAAUCGGGGCAGCUGAUGGUCAGCCUGGCCUUGGCCGAGGGGUCUGCAGAGCUCAGGAUCUCCCCCACCUGCACAGAGGGGCAGCUUCAGGGAAUCCCGCCCAGGGACGGCGCCAAGCGCCGCAAGCGCAAACCCAAGAAGGUGGUGACGGUGGAUUGCCAGAAACGCAUCACCAGCUGCAAGGCCAGCCACGGGGACGUGGUGCUCUUCUUCAUCCACGGCGUGGGCGGCUCCCUGGACAUCUGGAAGGAGCAGCUGGAGUUCUUUGCCAGGCUGGGCUACGAGGUGGUGGCGCCGGACCUGGCCGGGCACGGCUGCAGCUCGGCGCCGCCCGUGGCCGCCGCCUACACCUUCUACGCUCUGGCCGAGGACAUGCGGGCCGUGUUCAAGAGAUACGCCAAGAAAAGGAACAUCCUGGUGGGGCAUUCCUACGGGGUGUCCUUCUGCACCUUCCUGGCCCACGAGUACCCGGAGCUGGUGCACAAGGUGAUCAUGAUCAACGGCGGCGGCCCCACGGCGCUGGAGCCCAGCCUGUGCUCCAUCUUCAACCUGCCGCCCUGCGUGCUGCACUGCCUGUCCCCCUGCCUGGCCUGGAGCUUCCUCAAGGCCGGCUUUGCCCGCCAGGGUGCCAAAGAGAAGCAGCUGCUGCGGGAGGGCAACGCCUUCAACGUCUCGUCCUUCGUGCUGCGGGCCACCAUGAGCGGCCAGUACUGGCCCGAGGGCGACGAGCUGUACCACGCCGAGCUGGCCGUGCCCGUGCUGCUGGUGCACGGCAUGCACGACAAGUUCGUGCCCGUGGAGGAGGACCAGAGGAUGGCAGAGAUCCUGCUGAUCGCCUUCCUGAAGGUGAUCGACGAGGGCAGCCACAUGGUGAUGCUCGAGUGUCCCGACACGGUCAACACGCUGCUGCACGAGUUCGUCCUCUGGGAGCCCGACACGCCCGACGGCGACAGCGACGGCGACACCAAAUGAGGGCCAGCGCCGGGC